AUGGCCGAACCUUGGCUCUUCCUCCUCUUCCUUCUCAUCUUCAACCACCCGCCGUCCUCCGCUGCAGCCACCGCCGCCGAAACCCUCCUCCGCUUCAAAUCCUCUCUAACCAACACCGCCGCAUUAUCCAACUGGAACACCUCCGUGCCACUCUGCACCGGCGACCGCCACAUCUGGGCCGGCUUGAUCUGCAGAAACGGCCAACUGUACGGUCUCCGCCUCGAGAACAUGAGCCUCGGCGGCUCCGUCGAUACCGCCGCCCUAGCCGGCCUGCCAACACUCAGAACUCUGAGCCUAAUGAACAAUGGACUUCAAGGCCCAUUGCCGGAGGUGAAGCAAAUUCCGGCGCUUAAGGCUCUGUAUCUGUCGGACAACAAUUUCUCCGGCUCGAUUCCGGGAGAUGCGUUUGAAGGAAUGGGGAAUUUGCGGCGACUGUAUUUGAGCCGGAAUCGAUUCUCCGGCGAGAUUCCGGCGUCGUUGGCGGAAUUGAAGAAGCUGGUGGAGCUGGGAUUGGAAGAUAAUUCAUUUGAAGGAAGGAUUCCGGCGUUUGAAGAAAGGGAUUGGAAGUAUUUGAAUUUUUCCGGUAAUCGUUUGGAAGGGGCGGUUCCGGCGGGGUUGAAGAGCUCUAAUUUCACUUCGUUUAUUGGUAACGAUUUAUGUGGAGAGCCAUUAACACCAUGUAAAUCAUCUACAAAGAAGUGGCCCAUUCUGAUCGGAAUCUUCUCCGGCGCCGCCGCCUUAAUCCUCUUACUUAUCCUCCUCCGCUGCUUUUUCCGGCGGUCGAAAUCAUCCGCCGCCGUGUACGACGACGCGAAACCCAAAACAAAAUUAUUCUUCUCUCCCAAAAUCCUCUUCAAAAGGUCGGAAAAGACCUACCAAUAUUCCUCGACCGACUCGGACGAGAACUCGAAGAUGAGCGGUUCGGCCGGAUCGGGUCUGAGUUUUAUUAGAACCGAUCGGCCGCGGUUCGAUUUUCAAGAACUUCUUGGCGCCUCCGCCGAAGUUCUCGGCGGUGGGAGCUUUGGGUCGUCUUAUAAAGCCGUGCUUUCGAAUGGGUCGGCGGUGGUGGUUAAGAGAUUCCGGCAAAUGAACGCCGCCGGAAAAGACGAGUUUUACGGCCACAUGAAGCGGCUGGGACGGCUGUCGCAUCCGAAUUUGCUGCCGCUUGUCGCGUUUUAUUAUGGAAAGGAUGAUAAGCUUUUGGUGUCUGACUUUGUUGACAACGGCAGCUUGGCUAGUCAUCUCCAUGCUCGACGAGCACCGGAAAAUCCGGGGUUAGAUUGGCCGACGAGGCUGAAAAUAAUAAAAGGAGUAGCAAGAGGCCUUCUCUAUCUUCACAAUGAGCUCCCCAAUCUGAACCUUCCACACGGCCAUCUAAAAUCCUCGAACGUCCUUCUCGACAAAAACUUCACUCCAUUUCUCUCCGACUACGCCCUUUUUCCAAUCCUCCAAAAGUCCCACGCCCACCACCACAUGGCUGCCUUCAAGUCCCCGGAGUUCACCCAACAUAACCAGACCUCCAAGUCGACCGACGUCUGGAGCCUCGGCAUUCUCAUCCUCGAGACCCUCACGGGCAAGUUCCCCGCCAACUACCUCCGCCAAGGCCAGGGAGCUAAUGCCGACCUUGCUGCCUGGGUCGAGGCCGUUGUUCGAGAGGAGUGGACGGCGGAGGUCUUCGACGGCGAUAUGGUUGGGAGUGGGGAUUAUUGUGGCUAUUGGGAUGGAGGGAUGUUGAAGCUUUUGAAGAUUGGGAUGAGUUGCUGUGAAUGGGAGGUAGGGAAGAGGUGGGGAUUGAAAAUGGUGAUUGAGAAGAUUGAGGAGUUGAAUUUGAAUGAGAGGUCUUAUGAUGAAGACGAGGCCUAUUACUCUUCCAAUGGGAGUGAUGGAGCGUUCUAUUCUAAUUCAUCGUUCAAGCGGCGGACGGAAGACGAAUCGUCAUUUUUGGGGUGAUAAAUUGUUCGGGAG